UUUUACAUAUCAAGCUACAUACUCUUUUCUUUUCUCUCUCCAAAGCACUUAGAUUAUCAUCUCUCUUUUCUUAUUGCACAAAACUAUAGUGUUAGUGUAAUUUAAGAAUUUGGAGUAUAGUAUUCUUCUCCAAUAUGUCUGAUAACACUUUUUAUCAUGAUUACAUGGGAAUUGGUGGAGGGAUCAAUACAUUUCCUUUCUUUGGUGAAAAUCCCUCAAAUUAUGACCAACCAAUUAUUCCAAAUAUUCAAAAUCCAAAUUAUGAGCAUCAACAACAAUUUGUUCCUUCUUCUUACACGACUCUCACUGAGUGUUUACAUGGCUCUAUGGACUACAACACUCUAUCAAGUGCUUUUGGCAUGUCUUGUUCAUCAUCCUCUGAACUUGUUUGUCCACACGUCGAUAAUCAAGACUCUACUAGAAAAAGUAGUGUCUCUGCUACUAUAAAACCCGUCUUAGAUUCGCCUCUGGAAGAUCAAACGAACAUUGAAAUCUCACCAACGCCAAAUUCUUCGAUAUCUUCUACUUCUAAUGAGGCUGGAGGGCAAGAAGAUUCUUCAAAAAUCAAGAAACAUAUUCAAGAAAAAGGGGGUCAAGAAGAAGGAGAAGACAAGUCUAAGAAAGAGUGCAAAGCAAAAAAGAAAGGAGAAAAAAAGGAAAAAGAACCAAGAUUUGCCUUCAUGACAAAGAGUGAGAUUGACAAUCUUGAAGAUGGUUAUAGAUGGAGAAAAUAUGGACAAAAGGCAGUGAAGAACAGCCCUUUCCCAAGGAACUAUUACAGAUGCACAACUCAAAAGUGCAAUGUGAAGAAACGUGUGGAAAGGUCAUAUGAAGAUCCAUCAAUUGUGAUAACUACAUAUGAAGGCCAACACAACCAUCAUUGUCCAGCAACUCUUAGGGGAAAUGCAUCCUUUUUAUCUUCAUCACAUUUUAUGCCUAAUUUUCCUCCACAACUAUUUUCCCAAAUGCUAAUUCCACCAAUUAGCAAUCAAAAUCUCCUCAUUACUUCUACGGCCUAUAAUAAUAAUAAUAAUAACAAUUAUUAUUACCAACAACAACAACAUCAAGGUUCAGAAUAUAGUCUAUUUGGUGGAGGCACACAAGAUGCAUCAUGGAUCCAAAAACAAGAGCCAUCUUAGCUUACUACAAGAAAUUAGGUUUUCGUGGCGAUUGUGCUCAAUUAAAUCUUCUUCUCUGAAGCAUUCAAAGAAAAUCAAGAUUGACUUAGUCGAUCGAAUGUUGUCAGAAAUAUUAUCUCCUCUAGUAGAGACUACACUUCCACGAAUUUUGUACGAAUUUCAAUUUUCUUUUAAGAAAAACGAAAUUCAUUUUCUUAUAGUGUAGACUAUUUUUAUACCUGUUUGAAUUUAAUUUGGUUUUCAUUGUGAUUGAUUCGUAAUUAUCGCGACAAAAGGUAAUAGUUUCAGUGGCAAUCUUGACCGGUCGCCAAUGAAAUUUACAUCAUAGUGGCGACUACUUUUAGUCCGCCAUGAAUUUGUAAGAUAUCUCCUCCUUUUUUCUAAUAAAUUCAAAA